GGUAACCAACACAAAAGAAUAGGCUUUAUUUUCCAGUUUACAGUUUCAACUCAUAAGAUUACAAGAAAUAUAGAGCCUACUCAGCAGAAGAAAUCAAAGCCAUGGGAGGAGGCACCGUGCGUAUUGAUUUUCCGAUCAUCAACAUCAAACCCUCUUCUUCUAGUACUGAUACUAAUAAAAUUAUUAGUAAUAUUCUUAAUUUUCCAGUUUCAAACAGUUAUGUUGGAGCUGUUAAACCCUCUCCUUGUUCAGCUUCACAGUGCUACUGUGGAAAUGAAACUUGCAGGAAGAAAUCAAAGCUUGUCUAUGGAAACGAAGAGAAAAGAGCAAGUGGGUCUUUGAUAAGCAGCUCUGUUUUUGGGUCUGUUCCUUCCCAAUUUGAAGUCCAAACUGCAAUUGCUUCACUUCUCAAUUUUAUACUUGGCGGAAAUUCACCUCAGUCAGAGUUACAGUGGCUUCAGAAAUUGGUGGAUUCUUGUGUUACCAGAAAGUUACUGUCCUAUGGACACAGAAAAGUUUAUGAUGCUUUCCAGUUGUUACAAGCAGAUCCUUCUGUUCAGAGACUGGUGCUUUCCCUGUCCUCCGAUAAAGCCCUAUGGGAUGCUAUUACCAACAACGAGUUGGUCAAGAAGCUCCAAGAGCCACCAGCUGAUUCAGGCUUGCCUCGAAAUUCUGACACAGAACCGGACUUGGCUGCCUGCAUUAUCGGGUGGAUUAUGGAGAUGACCAAAGCAAAAGUUCUGGAACUCGUUGAGAAAUUCCAAUCACUUGUGUAUGAUGUGUUUCUACCUCGAGAGACCAAGGGAGGAAAUCUAGAGGUCGAGAACAAGAACGAGUUUGAAGAGAAGGUUAGAUCUUCACUGCUUCUCUCAAUUGUGACCAUCUUGAUUGUGGUAGUCGCUCGACUUCAAAGGGCAUGAUCAACAGACAAGUUUGUGGAAAGUGUGUGUAAAACACACCGAAUCCUUAUAAGUCAGGCAACUGGUUCUAUCAAAUUCAGGUCUCUUUCCUGCAUGUUGCAAGAUCCUGAACAUUGAAGUGUUUUAAGGAAUACCGUUAUCUUUUUCCUACUGCAACCAUUUGUUCAUAAAAAUUACGUGCCUUGUUACUCUUGUAGACCAACCUACUAGUUUGCUGAUUGUGCAAUAGACCAGUAGAGCAAGUCACAAUUGACAAUGAAACAGAGAACAAUUUCUUAAGAUCAUAAACCAUUUAGAAAACUUAGACGCAUAUUAGUUUGAGUAGUUUGCGUAAGUGUUUUGGCCACACGUCUCAACAGGGGCAGAGUCGGAACUCCGGUGACUCAAAAGUAAAGAGAAGGAGAUUGCGGGGCGUGCCACCUCGCGGGCGAGGAAAGGAAUGCGCUGCGGCUAGACUUCUAAACAAGCGAAGAGGGGGUUACCGGUGCCACCUCGCGGACGAGGGAUUACGAGUAAAACUUCUUGUCACUUGUGAAUCGAUACUCACUGCUAGGGUGAGCAGAGCAACAACUAGGGGAAGGAGGCGAAUCGGGAGGAAG